GGGAGUUGGAUUUUAGGCAUAAGAAACUGUUAAAUAUGUAGAUAUAAAAUGGGUGAUUGGGCUGUGAUGCUUACAGGUUAUGUGAAUUUAGCAUUUUCCCUUCUUCAUUGACUCAUUAUGUUGAUGACAAGUCAGCGAAGCUUAUCAAAUUGUAUGCUUAAGCUACAAGCCUCUCCACAACAGUAAAGCCAUGGAUCUUGCUAGCUCUCAGACUCUCUGCGUUUUUAGUCUGAACAAAGUCCAAAACCAGCUCAAGAAGAAGAAAGAGGUUGGAGAGAUUUAGAUUUGAGAGGGACUGACUUCUAAGGUCAUAGCUGGGGAAGUGGGCGUCACAAAUGUUGGAACUAUUCGCGCUUUUUAAUGAAUGAUUGAAUCUCCAUUUGGAUUUUUUUAUUCCUUCCGUUCCCAAUUGAAAAGGAAGAAGAAGGGGCUGAUUGCUCCCACUUCUUCUCAUGACAAUGGGGUUUCUUCCUUACCUUCUGUUGUUCUCGGCUUUAGUUCUUCACUCAUGGGCAAUCGAAAGCGAACCCGGAUUGGACAUGAAGCACCUGAGCCAAAAGCUUUUGGAAUCGGCUAGCGAGACCCAGUUCCUGGAUUGGUUGAAAAGGGUUCGAAGGACAAUCCAUCAGCACCCAGAGCUCGGAUUCCAGGAGCAUAAAACCAGUGAAUUCAUCAGGUCAGAGCUUGAAAAGCUUGGAAUCGAAUACUCAUGGCCAGUGGCGAAAACAGGGGUGGUAGCAACCAUCGGAUCAGGUGAGCACCCCUGGUUCGCUCUCAGAGCAGACAUGGAUGCCCUCCCAUUACAGGAAUUGACAGAGUGGGAGUACAAGAGCAAGGUUGAUGGUAAGAUGCACGCCUGCGGCCACGAUGCCCAUGUCACUAUGCUUAUGGGGGCCGCUAAGUUGCUCCAAAGCCGAAAAGAUCAAUUGAAGGGCACCGUCAAACUUGUUUUCCAACCAGCAGAAGAGGGUUUAGGAGGUGCUCACCAUAUCUUACAGGAAGGUGCUCUUGACAACGUUCAAUCUAUCUUUGGGUUGCACGUCGCGCCGGAGUUGCCUACUGGAACAAUUGGUUCCAAACCUGGUCCAAUAAUGGCCGCCUCCGGCCGUUUCACGGCUGUAAUUCAAGGACAAGGUGGUCACGCGGCUUCUCCACACAAAACCAGAGACCCAAUUCUCGCGGCGGCCCUUGCGAUCCAAGCGUUGCAACAGAUCGUUUCUCGAGAGAUAGAUCCUCUUGAAAGCGGGGUAGUCUCAAUCGGAUUUAUACAGGGCGGCCAAGCAGAAAACGUUAUCCCAGAGUCUGUGACUUUUGGGGGCACCUUCAGGAGCAUGAGCACUGAAGGUAUCUCUCACCUUCGGAAUCGAAUCAGAGAGAUCAUAGAGAUGCAGGCAGAAGUUCAUCAGUGUAAGGCUAUGCUGGACUUCAUGGAGAAGAAACUAAUUCUGUAUCCACCAAAUGUCAAUGACGAGGCAGCAUACGAGCAUGCGAGGAGGGUUGGGCAGAGCCUACUUGGGGAAGCCAAUGUGAAUCUCAGUCCCAUGAUGAUGGGUGCAGAGGACUUCAGUUUCUAUUCCCAGAAGAUGACUACUGCGUUUUUCUUCAUUGGAAUAAAUAAUGAGACCCAAAAACCAUAUCAUCCACUGCACUCGCAACACUUCGUUCUUGAUGAGGAGGUCCUCCCCAUUGGAGCAGCUCUCCAUGCUGCCGUUGCUCUUUCUUACUUAGACAGUCAAGCUCAAGUUGUCGUUGGUUAAGAUGUCUAUGUUGAAAAGGGAGAUAAGAGCAAAAGCUGUUACUUGUCUUCAUAUCAAAUACAAAACCAAUCCAGAUGAGGGCCCCUCCCAGAAGUUGGGGUAUAUAAUCAGCUAAGGAAAUCCUGGUCUGGAACAGUACACCACAAAACGAGAAUAAUAACUCUCCUUUUUUUUAUAUCAAGUGCUUGAAAUGCUGUGUAUUAUUGUGCAAACUCCUUCUGAUUAUGUUUUAAUGUUAAAAAUGAGAAAUUCACUGUUGA